CCUGGACGUCCACACCUGUUUCCAACGAGGCGGAAGUUUGUGCCGAAAGUUGGUGAAGCGACCGCUGUCAAUGCAGCCGUGGCCGGGGAGCCGCCCUCCGUUACCGGCGAGUUGAUGACUUUCGCACGACUGAUUCCAGGAGCUCCAAUGCCCGGCGUAUCUUUGAAGAGCUGCUCCAGAAUCCGAGCUGAUUCUAAAUCCGAUUACCCAGAGAGCGAGACUGGACUCGGGAUUUCUGUCGUGGUUUACCACUCAUCAACCUCAAACUAAUGCGGCAUCGCCAGAAUUCAGCACAUUGGGAAGCUGGAUAUUCAUCUGAAAUUGGAGGCUACAUCUCUGGAGCGGAUUUUAAAAAUAAAGAUGCCUGCCAUUCGAAGGCUUUUGAAACGACGUUUCUUGCAUUGGAAACUCAUUCUCGUAGCCCUUGUGUUUGUUACGUUUUUAUUUCUGAUGCAUAGGGAAGUAGUUGGGAGCACUACACAAGAGCCAUGGUUGAAAGAAAUGGUUGUGAAAAAAGACAAAAUGCUGCACAUGAUGAUGGGAGCAGUGAACAAUUUAAAAGAUGCAAUUCCAAAAUUGCAGAUAGGAGCCCCUAUCAGAGAGCAAGAGUCUUCAGACCUCAAAAAAUCCUGUUUGCCUGGAUAUUAUACAGCAGCAGAACUGAAACCCUUCAUGGAGCGACCCCCUCAGGAUCCCAAUGCCCCUGGAGCUGGAGGGAAACCGUAUCUCACUGAUAACCUGUCUCCAGAGGAACAGAAGGAAAAAGAUAAAGGGAAUGAGAAACACUGCUUCAAUGUUUUUGCAAGUGACCGAAUUUCUUUACGUAGAGAUCUUGGACCUGACACACGGCCACCUGAAUGCAUUGAACAGAAGUUUAAGAGAUGCCCUUCCUUGCCCACUACAAGUGUAAUUAUAGUGUUCCACAAUGAAGCUUGGUCCACGCUGCUCAGGACUGUUUUCAGUGUAAUGCAUACCUCGCCUGCUAUGUUUUUAAAAGAGAUAAUUCUGGUUGAUGAUGCAAGUACAGAUGAUUACUUAAAGGAAGGGUUAGAUAACUACGUGAAGCCAUUCCAAAUAGUUAAAGUGGUUCGUCAAUUGGAAAGGAAGGGGUUAAUUACAGCAAGAUUGCUUGGAGCCUCAGUGGCCACCGGAGAGGUUUUAACCUUCUUGGAUGCACAUUGUGAAUGUUUCAAUGGUUGGUUGGAGCCUUUGCUUAGCAGAAUUGCUGAGAAUUAUACUGCUGUAGUGAGCCCAGAUAUCUCCAACAUUGAUCUCAAAACUUUUGAAGUGAUGAAACCAAAUCCAUACGGACAAAAUCAUAACAGGGGUAACUUUGAUUGGAGUCUGUCAUUUGGAUGGGAAGCUCUCCCUAAUCAUGAGAAGAAAAGAAGAAAAGAUGAAACUUAUCCUAUAAAGUCACCAACGUUUGCUGGUGGGCUAUUUGCUAUCUCCAAGCAAUAUUUUGAACACAUAGGUGCCUAUGAUGAUCAGAUGGAAAUAUGGGGUGGUGAGAACAUCGAAAUGUCCUUCAGGGUAUGGCUAUGUGGUGGACAAUUAGAAAUACUACCAUGUUCUGUCGUAGGUCACGUCUUCCGUAGCAAAAGCCCCCAUACUUUCCCCAAAGGUACUCAGGUCAUAGCCCGUAAUUUGGUACGGCUGGCUGAGGUAUGGAUGGACGACUACAAACUGAUAUUUUACAGACGAAAUAAUCAAGCAAUGCAGAUGUUCAAAGAGAAAACUUUUGGAGACAUUACAGAAAGGCUUGAGCUAAAACAACGUUUGCAAUGUAAGAACUUCACUUGGUACCUGAAGAAUGUUUAUCCAGAGUUAUUUACACCUGAGCAGUCUCCUCAACAUUUUGGUGCUAUUAAAAAUGAGGGUUCGCAAACCUGUCUCGACGCUGGUGAAAACAAUGCAGGUGGAAAAGAGCUAAUAAUGUAUACAUGCCAUGGUCUUGGAGGAAACCAGUACUUUGAAUAUACCUCAAUGCAUGAAAUUCGACAUAAUAUCAGGAGGGAAUUGUGUGUUCAUAACUUAGACGGCAAUGCUUUCCUUCAGGGAUGUGCGUACCAAAAUUCAAACAACUUUGUUCCAUCAGAGCAGAAAUGGGAGCUCAAGGAGAUGCUUCUCAUAAAUCAAGCUUCAAAAGAGUGUUUAAGUGCAAGAGGUGAAAAACCCAGCCUGGCACCGUGCAACCCUUCUGAUCAAUAUCAAAGGUGGAUUUUCGGCUAACAAGCAAUCUAACCCCUGAAGCAAUGAAGAUUAAGUGAAAAUUUUGUAUCAAAGUCAGGAAACAAAACACAGGCUUGAAAGGCACAAUGAAAACAUACAAGUCUUUGUAAUGGAACUAUUUUCAAGACAUUUUUAAAGUUUGUAAUAAAGCAAAUUGCACUUGAGUGGUUUAGAUGGUGCUGGGGUUCCCUUCCUAUAGACACUCUCAUUGCAACGGACACCUUUAAUCGCCUUGCAAUUUUAAUUACUACAAAGCUCAACAGUGAAUAUGGAUACUGUAACAUUUUUAUUUUACAGAAUUGGUGAUUGUGUUGGUAACAUUUUAAUGAAGAAAUGGCAAAAUAAAUUCAGCUUACUUUUGAAGCGUAAUGUACUUGAGGACUUUACUGUGUGUGUAUUUUUGGGAGUUGUUUCUGAGAAGAUUUUAUUUCCCUUCCUUACACCAAGAAGAGCUCUAUUUAAAAAGAAUAAAUA